UAAAACGUCACUUUCAUUAUCAAUUCUGACGGGUCACCUAAUCUGACAGAACACCGCCUGUAGGAAGGUGUCAUAUGACCUCCCUACACUGGUGGUGCUGUCGCAACCACCCUGCAGUGAGAGUGGAAGACAGAGGAAAUGCGCAUUAAUUCUAGGCUUCUGUAAGCCAUUGGGUGGGCUGCUGUCCAAUAGGACGCUGACAACUGUACAAAUCAUUCGGCCAUCUUUAGUGAGGGCGGUUCCUAUAAAAAGCACUAGCUCAGUACACUUGUUGUGCAUUUUGCAUGUGGCUAGGUCAGGGGCAGGAACCCGCUUGAUAGAGAGAGUGUGCCUAGUGUAGGGAGAGGUUCCGGAGGAGAAGGGACAGCAUAGGGACUAUUGUCAGAGCUACAGUGGGGAACCUGCAUACUGCAUUCCAGCAGCUCCCUGCGUCGGGUGUUGUCGGGCUCUGUGCAUCGUUGUCUGCAUGUACUGUAUGAAAUUUUGUGGGUUUUGCUGCCAGGUCUAAGCCGCCACAUAGACUCUGUUACUGUGUGUUGGAACAUUGACAAUUCAUUUCCUGCAAUUUCAACCUCUGUGUGUGCCGUGCUUUUCGCCCGGAGUGUCUGCCACCAGGGCACCCCCCUUCUUCACCCCCUACACGAUUUCACACACAAAGCUUGGGAGGUGCAUUUCAUCUCCUCUGUAUAGCAUUUGUUUCCUCCUGUGUACAGCAAUACUUUAAGACCGUAUACCCAGCACACAAUGAAUAUUGGAGAACAAAAUCCUGACGGCUUGGCAGCAGAAGAGGGAAUUUGGCAGAAACUCAGAUCAUCCACAGUUCCUUCGCUCUAUGUUGUAAUUGGAGCAGCAAUAUUAGUAAUUCUGAUCAUCUUCCUCGCUGCUCUUCUGUGUGUAAGAGGAGAGAAACCUCAAACAGAAGUGGUAGCGGUUCCAAUAUAUGUUAAGUGUGAGGAUGACUGGAUCUCAUACAGAGGAAAAUGUUACUAUAUCUCAGACAAGAUUGCUACAUGGACAGACAGUCAGAACUUCUGCAAAUUACACGAUUCAUCCCUGGCAAUUAUUGAUAACGAAAAAGAAAUGAACUUUUUAAAUCUCCUGAAAUCUAAUAAUUUAUGGAUUGGACUGAGCAGGACACAAGAUGACUCAGACUGGGUCUGGACCGAUGGAACAUUCUUCUCAGAAACAACAUUUGAUAUUCAUAGAAAGCCAACAGCCCCUGAUGAUUCAGAGCAUGUUUUCCUGAAUGGUGACGGAUUUAAAAGUGAUAGUGGAAGAUAUCCAAAGAAAUGGAUUUGCAGCAAGAGUUUUUUAGGUCAUCCUCCCUAAUACACAGGGAGGAUUUUAAAAUAAGUCUACUUACAUCCUCAGAGCAUCUUAACUGCUAUGAAGGAUUCAAAAAACCUGGUGUGAAAAAAAGGAAUGGCAGAUGCGUGUUCAUGUUCUGGGCUUCCUCCUCUAGGUACUGUGCAGAUCAAGAGAUUAUAUUUUCCAGAUCUAGAGGACAAGAGAGUAUGCAUAGGCGUGCACCUAGGGUGUGCACCUCAAACCAAAGUUCAAACACACGUGUG